UGCGACGUUUAUAAAUGGCGGCUCUAGUCAUAAAUGCUGUCGUCGUUUUUUAUGUGAAUAGUUCACAAUUUUCUUUUCACUAGUCUAUAAUUUCAGUGUUCUGAAUAUAAUACAAUAUGGAAAUGUGAUUUAAUUAUUGAUUUUGGAAUUGUUGUUAUUUUUCAUAAUUAUACAGGACUCUGAAAAGUUUGCACAAUGUCGAGCGAUGAAGACAAACCGCCCGCGCCUCCCGUGCGUUUGACUAGUAACCGAGCUACCGAUCGCGGAGACUCAGUGGCUUCUGUGGAUAUGAGGCCACUGCCAAAAGAACCUGAUGAUGGCGGUGAUAGAAAAAAGAAAACACUAAAAGCUAAAAUUAAAGGCUCUAAAAGUACAGCUCAUAAUGACAACAAACCUAAUAUUAGCUAUCCAACCAAUUUUGAGCACACAGUACAUGUAGGUUUUGAUGCAGUUACUGGAGAAUUUACAGGCAUGCCGGAAGCCUGGGCGAGGCUACUAAUGGCCUCAAAUAUUAGUAAACAAGAACAGAAGAGCAAUCCUCAAGCUGUUCUCGAUGUCCUCAAGUGGUAUGAUGCAUCUGCAACACAGCCACCGGCAUCCAAAUAUAUGACCUCCGCACAGAUGCACACUACCCAUUCAGGGUCGUCGGUAUCACGAGUAUCUUCAAGCAGUCCAUCGUCGUCAACUCCAACUGACACGGAACACCCGGAACCCCCGCCGCCGCCACCGUCUCGACCUGAUCGCACCAAGAGUAUUUAUACAAAACCCAUAGAGGAAGAGGAAGCACCUCCACCGAGGCCGAUUGCUGCGCCCGCCUCGCCGCCGCACGUAGCUCAUCCAGUCAUAACCACUCAUUCGAUAUGCAGUAGAGUAGAUGUGGGUGGGUCCCCGCUCCCGCUCGACCGCAAUAAAAACCCGGCGCAGGCUGCGCCACAGACGCCGCCAGCGCACGCGCCGCACCCCCCGCACCCGCAGCACCCCCCUCAUGUGCCUAUUGCGCCUCCCGCCAACGGUGCACAGACCAACACCGACACUGGACGAGCAACCGGACAACAGCAAAGAAAGAAAAAGAUGACGGAUGAAGAAAUCUUAGAAAAAUUAAGAACAAUUGUUAGUGUUGGUGAUCCAAACAGAAAAUACACCAAAAUGGAGAAAAUUGGCCAAGGUGCGUCAGGUACGGUGUACACGGCCAUAGAGACUUCGACCGGUAUGGAGGUGGCCAUCAAGCAGAUGAACCUCAGCCAGCAACCCAAAAAGGAGCUCAUCAUCAACGAGAUCCUUGUGAUGCGGGAGAACAAACACAACAACGUCGUCAACUAUCUAGACAGUUAUCUCGUCAAUGAGGAAUUAUGGGUAGUUAUGGAGUACCUUGCGGGCGGGUCUCUUACGGACGUGGUGACGGAGACGUGUAUGGACGAGGGGCAGAUCGCGGCGGUGUGUCGCGAGGUGCUGCAGGCGCUGCACUUCCUGCACACCAACCAUGUCAUACAUCGGGAUAUCAAAUCCGACAAUAUACUGCUCGGCUUGGACGGACAAGUUAAAUUAACUGACUUUGGUUUCUGUGCGCAAAUAUCGCCGGAACAAAAUAAACGAACGACGAUGGUGGGGACGCCAUAUUGGAUGGCCCCUGAAGUUGUUACAAGAAAGCAGUAUGGUCCAAAGGUGGAUGUAUGGUCCUUAGGUAUAAUGGCGAUUGAAAUGAUCGAAGGCGAACCUCCAUACCUGAACGAAAAUCCACUUCGGGCACUUUAUUUGAUCGCAACGAAUGGCAAGCCCGACAUCAAAGACAAAGAAAAGCUCAGCACUGUAUUCCAGGAUUUUCUAGAUCAAUGCCUAGAAGUCGAUGUAGAAAGGCGCGCAACAGCGUUAGAUUUACUCAAGCAUCCAUUUUUAAAGAUGGCGAGACCGUUAGCGUCCCUAACUCCUCUAAUUAUGGCCGCGAAAGAGGCUGCAAAAGGUCAUUAGCGCAGGCCACCGGCGCCCGCAGCGCCAGCGCGAUACUAGCGCCCCCAGUGCCUACACGUGCCUACGCGUGCCUACACGCGCUGUACACGUACGGACAUACGAACCUAACUAAACAUGUAAGCUGCGAACGAUAUACAUUCGGCAAUAACAUUAUGCAGUGUGUCAUGGUAAAGUAUGUUGUCAGUGAACUUACAAAGCUAUUGAAACGGCAAGCUUGUUUUGUAAAGUGGCUGCGUUAGGUUACAGAAGUGAUCGUAUUUUUACAAAAGAAACGUUAUUAAAUGUGCAGUCCAGUAGUUGUAAAGUUCUGUAGUAUUGUGUAGAAACAUUAUUUAUUAAAGUUGGUUAGCUCCGGCGGCGGAUCAGUCUACUGCGAAACGAAUCGAGGGGCUUAAUAGGGUGUAGAUAUACUGUAGUAUUAGGAAUGGAAUUUGGAGCGUAACAAAAUAAUCUGCAAACGAAGACUGGCGGUUAACUUUUAGAAGUUGUAAAGUAUAAAUAGUAGAUGUACUGUAGUUCUGUAAUAGAAAUAAAGCCGGAUCAGCUUUUAACUGUGAUGGUAGCCAGUAGAUUGUGGCAGCAGUAGACUGAUUCCCUGGCGCGGAGUGUCGCCGGUAGCAGAAGUGGUAUGAGGCAUAUACCGGUUACAGACUUGGCCCCGCUGGGUUCAGUAUCGGUCGACGCCUUAGAUGCGGUUGUUUAAAGGGUAAAGUUGGCAGUUUUAUAACUCGGAAAUAAUGACGCUAUGAAGAGUGUUUCCUAUUUAAGAAUAAUGGUUAAAUUAAGGUCCCACUUAAAGAGGGGUUUUAGCAACAAGUAUUUCAAUGAAACUAGUGAGUGAAUGAAUAUCAAUAUAAAUUAUGAAUUAAUUUUGACUGAGAUUUGAUCCUACAAAUGGUAUAUCUGUUGGCUUACAUUGCUUAUUAUAGUCAGUACAUGCUAGCUAGUUUUAUGUAUAGCUAUACAUUAUCAUUGUAUUUAUAUUUUUUUAACUGCUUAUGUAUUAUUUAUCCUAAUGACAUUUGUAUAUCUAAAUAACAGUUUUAGCACGAUUGCAAUUUUAAUAUUUUUGACAUGAACAUAUUUACAGUAGCAAAGUUUACGUAUUUUAUUGUUUUAAAUUGAAGACAUUGUUACUUUAAGUAUUAAUAAACUAAAAAUAUUUUGAUGUAUCCAUUUAUUGUUAGUCAUCAAAUUGAAGCAUUUACCUAGUAUUAAGUUUAUAUAGUUUAUUGAUUAUAUUUGAAAUCAGAAAUGUCGGCAUCUUUUGUGGCACAAAAGUAUUAAUAAGCUUUUAAAUGAACAAUUGUAAAUUAAUAACUGAUACGAAACUUAGAUAGAAUAUGAGAGAUUGUUUACCUUCUAUAACUAUAAUAUUAUAAGACAAUAGUACUCAGUAGCUAGAGUUGGAUACAAAAAAUUAAUGCAAGAAAACUGUACUCUGGACACCUAUGUGAAGUAUAUUGUGAUUGUCUCUGCUUUCGUGUAUAGGUUGUGCCAGAAGACGCCAUUAAAUUUCGUUUGAAAUUGUUUACGUUUGCUAUUUUUUAUUAAGCUAGAGGGACAGAGAUAGAGAGUAUGUUUUGAAUGUUUGAGAGGAAUGAUGUUAACAGAAAUGAAGAAAACGUGUGUCACUUGCUGUAAACUGUAUGAAUACAAAUAAAGCAGUGAUUAGUACUUUUUGACAAUACGAUAUGACCAAUUAACGCUAUGUAGAGUUCUUGCAUUUGUUCCAGGUUGGUGCAAUGUGACGGUGAAAUUAUCAUUAUUAAUGUUAAUGUUUGUUUUUUAUUAUAAUUUUGCUUUUUACAUAUAUCUGGAGCUAUUAGCAUAUCAUUUUAAAUGCAAUAUAAGAUUUAUAUAUAUUGUCGGAUACUCGCCACCUUGAGGCCUAAUAUAGACUAUGUUUGACAUUCAAAUGUGGCCUAUUAUGAAAAUGCACAUGAAUCAUGCCCGCACCAACCACUGCUAAAAUGUGCAAUAACAUAGUAAAUACGCAGAUAUGUAGCCAAAUUUUGAUGGGGGUUUUUAACAAAAACUUUUAAAAUCAGACUAAAUUUUAAGGCAAACAAUAUUGUGAUCAUGAAAAUGAAUUUGGAGUAUGCAUUUGGUAAGAUAAAAAUAUAACUGUAAUUAUGUAUGUAAUCUAAUUUGAAAUGUAUUAAUAUGAGAGAUUUCAAUGGUUUUCAUAAUAUUUGAGAGUUGUAUAACACCAGUGCCAUGUCUAAGCAACUUGUGCAUAUAAAAUACAACCAUACUAUAAUAAAAAGA